UUGAAAGCAAAACAGCAGGUGGAGAGCUAAAACCAGGCAGCUCAGGACACAUUGGGAGGAAAUUCAACACAGGAAAAAUGAAAGUAUCUGUUCUUUUAAGCUGAAGAGGGACUUCAAAUAUAACAAGGCCCACCGCUCUGGCUGUCAUUUGAGUGUGCUAGUGCACAUGAGAGCAGUGUUUGUUUGCGAAGCGGAGGUGAGGUGAGGUAAGGCAUCAGAGUAAUGGAAGAGAGGUUAGACGAGAGGGCCGGAGCAGCCAAGGCGAAGCCGAAUCGUUUGACCGGCCUUCAGGAGCAGCUGAUCUGGGCCCUUCUGGAAUCUGGACUGUCCCGGGACAUCCUGGUCCAAGCCAUAGGGGAACUGGAGCGAGACAGGACGAGUGCUGGUGCCGAGAGAGGAGAGAGAGGGGAUGGAGAGAGCUCUGAGGAAGGAGAAAUGGAUUUCCCACCGCCUAUAUUCCGAGAGCUGGAGAAGCUUCUCCCCGAGGAGGCGGCCAAACUGAGGGCUGAAGUUGACCGGCUACUGCAGGCGGACCCCUGGCACGUUGCUAAAAUUGUGAAAAGCUACAUGCAGCAGCACAACCUCCCUCAGAGAGAGGUGGUGGAGUCCACAGGACUCAACCAGUCCCAUCUCUCCCAGCACCUCAACAAAGGCACGCCCAUGAAGAACCAGAAGAGAGCCUCUCUGUACACCUGGUACGUCAAGAAGCAAUGCGAGAUCAGCCAGCAAUUUACCAAUGCCAAACAUGGCCUUGGAUCUGCAGAAGAGCAAGGAGAAGAGACCAGGAAGGGACGGAGGAACAGGUUCAAAUGGGGUCCGGCAUCCCUGCAGAUCCUCUUCCACGCCUACGAACGACAGAAGAACCCCAGCAAAGAGGAGAGAGAGGGUUUAGUUGAGGAUUGUAACAGGGCAGAGUGUCAUCAGAGGGGGGUGUCUUCCUCCCAGCUUGCUGGCCUAGGCUCCAAUUUGGUUACCGAGGUCCGGGUGUACAACUGGUUCGCCAACCGUCGCAAAGAGGAGGCAUUCCGAAACAAACUGGCUCUCGACACACCUUUCAGCAGCCAAUCUGCUUCCUCUUCUCACCCCAACCUCCCACCAAGUCCUGAGCACGUGUUGCGAGGCCUGACUUCUUUUUUUCCAGGUGUCAAAUACAGCCAGCAAAUCCUGUGUGACACCGUGAGCUCAGCUAGAGGAAGCAUAGGGGACAGAGUGGGUCAUCUGGUGGUCAGCCCCAUCCAACUGGAGCCCAGCCACACACUCCUCGAGACACAUAACCACAAGCCGGUGUCCAGCGGUGGCCCACUGCCCCCAGUAAGCACUCUGACCUCGCUGCAUAGCCUGUCUGCCUCCCCUGCUUCCUCACAAAACCUUAUUAUGGCCUCACUGCCCAGCGUCAUGAGCCUGGGGGAGUCCUCACUUCUCAUUGGUUUAACCUCCAUGCAGCCUCAGACCGUGCCUGUAAUCAACAACAUCGGGGGAAGCUUCACAACUCUCCAGCCAAUCUCAUUCCAGCAGCAGCUUCACGGCUCUCCCCAUCAGCCUAUAUCACACCACCUCCAGAGUCACAUGGGGGCCAGUCCCUUUAUGGCAACCAUGGCGCCGCUGCCAUGUCACAUGUACAACAAGUUGGAUUCGCCGCAGUACCACACGUCCAGUCUGCUGUCUCAAGCCAUGGUCAUCACCGACAGCAGCAACCUGGGGACGCUGACCAGCCUCACCGCUGUCAGACAGAAUCUAACAGCAGAUCCCGAGGAAGAGACGGACCCACCUUUACAAGAAGACUCUCUUCACCUGCAGCCGCACACACCUGUGCCAGCUUCCUCCGAGAGCCUUGAGCUGUAUCCUGCCUCUCAGACGACAGAAAGUCAUCAGUCUCACCUUCUCUCCCCUUCACCAACAGACAUCAGCUCCUACAUCCCGACACAAAUGGUCUCUACUGCACAGUAGAAGUGCUCUGGCAACGUAGUGUGUCUCCUCUAUCGGCUGGACUUUGUGUUUUGGAUGGACAGCUACUUCUGGUGCAAAUUUCCAGAAAAACUUGUGGAGUCACGGGCCACAGAGAUGAUACAGCUUUCAUGUUUCAAAGACUCUCUGAAAUUCCGUACCACUGUAAUACGAAGGAUUGACAUUAGAGAAAAUUCACUUUUGAUACAAUAAUAAACUGAAAAAUCAACACCAAAAUGUAUUUUUAUUAAGAUGUUUGGUAACAUUCAGAAACUGUACAUUAAGUUGAAACUUGUAAACGGCAUGUUAACUGCAUUGUUUACGUCACUGCCUUGAAAUGGCUUAAAUGAGUAUCUUUCAUGACAAAGAAAAGUCUAUUUCAAGAAUAACCACGAGCAAUGGAAUCAAAAGAGGUUUCUGUUCGGAUACACUUUUGCUGUCAUCUGUUUGGACACACACGGCUUCCUUAAAUAUACUUAACAUUUUUUGGGGAAAUAUAUUUCAAGCUUGACGGACUGGAUAACAAACAAACAUCCCAAAACAGUGAAAGAUUGGUCAUUAGUUCAGUUCAAAGCUUCUUCCUCUGUGUGCAAUUUUCUUUGCUUCUUUUUCCGUUUCACUUUGACCUGUGUGUGUUCCUGCUCUGAGAUCCCAUGCUCACCAUUUCUUUGAGCAUUAUGAGGACCACCUGCAGAGUCCACCUGCUCACCCCCUUCUUGAUUCGCUUUCCUCUUUUUCUUUUUCUUCUUCUUCUUCUUCUUCUUCACAACAUGACUCUCCUCUCCCUCUGCCACUUUCCUCUUUAAUUUUUCUGCUGAGGGAGUGUAGAGUGCAGAGAGCGGUAACGAUUCGGAUAAGAGAUCUUUGACGGACACCGCUGCCUCCCUCAGCCUUGUUUCCAUCUCACUGUCGCUGUCACUGUGACCAACAGAGGAGCGUAUAAUGUUAAGGACUAUACAAACUAAUGAGGUUCUUUAAAAACUAAAUAAUACGAACCUUGAGCUGGGAAGAGGCCGA